CGCAGUGCGUGGCUUCCUGAGUGGUUGGCGGCAGCGGCCAUUUUGUGGGUCUUUGGCUUGGCCCCCUCCCCCCUUUCCUUCCUCCUCUCCUUCCUCCCUUCCUUCCUUCUUUCCCCGGCCUCUCUCUCUCUCUGUGUCUCGGGCCUGGGGAGCCGGGCGCCUCCUCGGGCCCUUCCCCGCCGCGUGUGCGAGCCUCUCCCGCGGCCUUCCUCUGUGAGGGGCCCGGUCAGCCCUUCGCCGCCGCCGCCGCCAUGGAAGACGACGGGCAGCCCAAGACACUGUGAUUAUGUAGGAAAUCUUUCCAGAGAUGUUACUGAGGUGCUUAUACUUCAGUUGUUCAGUCAAAUCGGGCCCUGCAAAAGCUGUAAAAUGAUAACAGAGCAACCCGAUAGCAGAAGGGUCAACUCUUCUGUUGGAUUUUCUGUUUUGCAGCAUACAAGCAAUGAUCCUUAUUGCUUUGUGGAAUUUUAUGAACACAGGGAUGCAGCUGCUGCAUUAGCUGCAAUGAAUGGGAGAAAAAUUUUGGGAAAGGAGGUAAAAGUGAAUUGGGCAACAACACCAAGUAGCCAGAAAAAAGAUACAUCAAAUCACUUUCAUGUGUUUGUGGGAGAUUUAAGUCCAGAAAUAACAACAGAAGAUAUCAAGUCAGCAUUUGCUCCUUUUGGCAAAAUAUCGGAUGCACGGGUAGUUAAAGAUAUGGCAACAGGAAAAUCAAAAGGAUAUGGCUUUGUAUCGUUUUACAAUAAAUUAGAUGCAGAAAAUGCAAUUGUGCACAUGGGAGGCCAGUGGUUAGGUGGUCGUCAAAUCAGGACUAACUGGGCAACACGAAAGCCGCCUGCCCCCAAAAGUACACAAGAAAGCACCACAAAACAACUGAGAUUUGAAGAUGUCGUAAAUCAGUCAAGCCCCAAAAACUGCACAGUGUAUUGUGGAGGAAUUGCUUCUGGAUUAACAGAUCAGUUGAUGAGACAGACGUUUUCUCCUUUUGGACAAAUUUUGGAAACAAGAGCUUUUCCAGGAAAAGGCUAUUCAUUUGUGCGGUUUUCAACUCAUGAAAGUGCAGCACAUGCUAUUGUUUCAGUCAAUGGCACUACAAUUGAAGGGCACGUUGUUAAAUGCUAUUGGGGUAAAGAAUCACCUGAUAUGACAAAAAACUUCCAACAGGUAGAUUACAGUCAGUGGGGACAGUGGAGUCAAGUGUAUGGGAAUCCACAACAGUACGGGCAAUACGUGACCAAUGGGUGGCAAGUCCCAUCUUAUGGAAUGUAUGGACAAGCAUGGAAUCAGCAAGGAUUUGGUGUGGAUCAGACGCCAUCUGCAGCCUGGAUGAGUGGAUUUGGUGCUCAACCCGCCCAAGGACAAGCGGCUCCUGUAAUACCUAAUCAGGCUGGAUAUGUGUUUUACAUCACAGAUUUUAAGAAAAAUGACAUUAAAGAUGCUUUUAGUUGAACAUUAAAACCUGGCGUUUUGACUGUGGACCAAACAUUACAUCAAAGAAGACAGUGUUUUCUUCAGUAACCACAGAGCCAUCAGAAGACAUACUCAUGGAAAUAACUCUUUAUCUUUUUUCUGUAUGAUUCGAAGAAACUGAAGCAUAAUAUAAAUGCUUCAGUCUUUUGCUGGAAAACAUUGUUAUCUGCAAUACUUGAGCAAAUAGUUGCUAUCCACAUUCAGGAGCAUAUUAAAAAAUUUCUAGUUUGCUUGAAGUGCAAAAUUGCUUUUGAUUUGGGAUUUCUAAAAGUAUGGCACUUGGGUGGCCAUACUCAUUGUGUUACGUGAAAGUUUGUACCAAACUACAAUGUACAAAAGCAUGCUCAGACAUAGAAGUAGCAAUGUAAUUAUUCAACGUAAUGCUUUGUUACAUAAUACUGAACAUAAUUCUGCUCUGUUUGCAGUGGAAUUGUCACGAAUAUGCAAGUCUGACACUUCCAAAGUUAAAUACUAUUUAAAAUGAAAAGUUUCUCUACAAAGAGCCUUAAUUUUAAAUUCAUAAACUUGUAAUUCAGUCCUUAUGUCACUAGAAUCUGAUUUAUUUUGCUUUGUGUUACUCAUUAUGUAAAUAUCUUGGUUGACAACCUUGUAUACCUACCUGAAGGUCCUAUAAGUUGUAUAGUAUCUGAGUGUUAAGAACUUGGGGUUUUUUAAAGUCUAGAAAUAUUUAGCCCAAUGCUUUUUUAACCAGAUUGUUUAAAAUGUUAUUUUAGAAAUUCCUCGAUGUGCCAUUUGGUUAACAAAUACAGUUGAAAGGAGUAUACUCAGUUGUGACUUAAACUUAAGGGGUUUAUUUGUUUUUAUUUUUGUAUUUUUGGAUGGCUUGCAUGUGACAGACCUGUACAGAGGCUGGGUUGCUUGUGCACUGAGUAGUUUCGGGAUAAAUCAUGAAGUUGCUCAAAUGGUAUAUCCUGGGAUGUUUCUCACUCUGUGUACACUGACACAACUGCCUCCAUGAAUUUGAAGUUGAAAAUGAAUGUAUGUUAAGAUACAAAAACUGUGUGUUAAACAUAUGACAGCUAGGUGGUGCAGAUGUUUCAUCUCUGAACAUACUGACGCCAUCACCGAGCUGAAUAGUCUCUUCCAUUAAUAAAAAAAAUAGACCUCU